AUGGCUAUUGCAGAAUCUGAAAGCGCCCAUCCGUGGAAGAAUUACCACCCAACUGUGUGGGGAGACUUCUUCAUAACCCAAGUCGUCCCUGCAGCUGAUGAGGUAGUGAACGACUGGAAUGAAGAAAUCAAAAUCUUGAAGUCGAAUAUAAAGAAGAAACUGUCGGAUCCAAUUAGCAAUGUGCUGGAAAGGUUGAGCCUCAUCGAUGCGGCGGAACGAUUAGGCGUUGGUUACCACUUUGAGAAAGAAAUAGAGCAAGACCUUGAACAAGUUUACGGAGACAAAAGUAUCUGGAGCUGUGAUGACGAUAACGACCUCAACACUGUUGCACUCCGUUUCAGGCUGCUGAGGCAACACGGUUAUAAAGCGUCAUGUGAUGUGUUCAACAAGUUCAGAUCUGAAGGAGAAGAAGAAGGGUUCAAGAAAGAGUUAACAGACGACAUUGAAGGCAUGUUGAACUUGUACGAAGCUGCGUACCUGAGGACACGGGAAGAAAGCAUAUUAGGGGAAGCCGUUGAGUUCACCACGGCGCACCUAAGAUCCAAAGUUGCAGAUUUGGAAACCCACGUCGCUGAAAGAGUCACCCGUGCUCUCGAGAGGCCUCUUCUCAAAGUCGCGCCGAUUGUUGAACACCUGUUUUUCGUCUCUUCCGCCUAUGAACAUCUCUCGGGCCACGACCCAGUCCUCCUCAGGCUCGCCAAGCUGAACUUCAACGUGUUGCAGCACAUGUAUCAGGCCGAACUGCGCCCCAUCACCGAGUGGUGGAUUAAGCUGGAUUCACCAACGAAGCUGCCUUACGCUCGAGACAAGCUCGUGGAGACCUACUUCUGGGGAUUAGGAUUGUAUUGGGAGCCCAAACACUACCUGGCCAGAUACUUCGCCACCAAGAUCACUCUCAUCGGGACGCUGGUGGACGACACAUUCGAUAUUCACGCCGGAUUACGGUUAAUUUUGUUGCUACUACAGGUGGAUACUAGCGCGAAAGGGCUGAAAGAUUACAUGAUUGUCCUUUUCGACGCACUGGCUGAUGUUCAUGAAGAAAUCGAGGCAGUCACUUCCAAGGAAGGAAGGCCAUGGGUUUUGGACUACAUGAAACGAGGGAUCAGUAAUGUCGCAAGGCUAUACCUGGAAGAAGAAAGGAGGUCCCAAUCCUACAAAGUCUACGCCACCAUCUGCGGCUUGGGUGACUCGGUCUCGAAGAGCGACUUCGAAUGGUUAGCUUCCUCGCCCGAAAUGCUGAUCAUUUCGAGCGAUAUAUGUCGCUUUCAGGACGACCUUGCCGACAACAUGAAAGAGCCGGACACCGCACAUUUUGCAUCAUCGCUGGAAUGUUACAUGAAGCAGUACGGCGCGUCGAGGCAGGAGGCGAUCGAUGGACUGAACAAGCUGAUUGAUGAGGACUGGAUGAUUAUGAACGAGGAGUUGUUGCUGAACAUUCCUUCUCACGUUUGUAAACGAGUUCCUAUUGUGAUCCUUAAUCUUGUGCGCUUUAUGGAUACAAACUACAAGGAUUAUGAUGGCUACACACACUCCAGCACCCGGACCAAGGAUAUUCUUGUAGCUCUUCUUCUUACUCCCAUGGUCGUGUAA